UAUAACCUUAAAAGUCAAAUUCUUGUUAAAAAUAGACUUCGUAAAGUGAAUUUAAUUUCCUCUUGCUUGUAAUUGAUCAUGUAGAAGCCGCACAAAGACACAAUUACAUUUAAAAGUAAAUCGCCCGUUCAGCUUAUCGGACAACAUGUUACCGAUCAACAGAGUGCUGCGAAAAUCCCGAUUCCCCUACAGGUACAUCUCCAACGCCCUCGACACUCCAGAGGAGGCCGAGACGAUAAAUCAUGUGUCGCCGCCGAGCGAAGCCCGGGUCGUCAUUUGUGGAGGAGGCGCCAUGGGGGCCUCAGUGGCCUAUCAUCUUGGAAAGUUGGGUUGGGGUCCCAACACCGUUCUUAUAGAACAGAACAGAAUUGGUGGUGGAACAACUUGGCAUUCCUCUGGCCUGAUUGGAGUGUUCAAGCCUAGUUACUCUCAAGUCCAAUUAACUAAGUCCAGUGUUAAUUUAUACAAAGAAUUGGAGAGCAAAGGUCUGUCAACUGGUUGGAAGCAAUGUGGAAGCUUAAACUUGGCCCGCACGAGGGACAGGAUGACCGUCUUCCGAAGGAUGCAGGCACAAUCGACUCCAUGGCAAAUCGAAUGUGAAAUAUUGACUCCGCGUCAAUGCAAAGAAAAGUGUCCUCUGUUAAACGUGGAUGAUCUUCUGGGAGGUUUGUGGAUUCCUGGUGAUGGUGUAGGUGACCCUUAUGAAGUCUGUAGUACUAUCGUAAACGAAGCUAAAAAUAUGGGCGUACAAGUAAUCGAAAACUGCACCGUUCAAAAGGUCAAUCAAAAGGACGGCUGGAUCAGCAGCGUGGAAACGACGUUGGGCAAAAUCCAGUGCGAAUAUUUUGUGAACUGUGCCGGUUUUUGGGCGAGGGAAGUGGGCCAGAUGUCCGAACCGUACGUUAAAGUUCCCUUGCACGCUGUCGAACACUAUUAUUUGCACACCAAACCAAUCCCGGGAUUAGAUCCACUGACACCAGUCGUCCGAGAUCAGGAUGGCCACAUCUACUUCCGUGAAAACAAGGGACGCAUUUUAGCUGGUGGCUUUGAACCAGUUGCUAAGCCCGUUUUCGAAGACGGAAAAAUUCCUUUGAACAGUAAGCAUCGUACGUUGCCGGAAGAUUGGGAUCACUUCCACGUAUUGCUUGAGCAACUGCUGCACCGAGUCCCGAACAUUGGUGACUCAUAUUUCGAUAGAUUGUGCAACGGACCGGAGGCUUUCAGUCCUGACUGCAAGUGGAUUGUCGGAGAAGCGCCGGAGAUCAAUAACUACUUGGUGGCGGCCGGCAUGAAAACUGUCGGCAUAUCCGCAGCUGGUGGCGUUGGCAAGGCUACUGCAGAACUGAUCGUUAAUGGAGAGACUGACUUUGACAUGUACGAGCUGGAAAUUUCUAGGUUCUUAGGUUUACAUAACAAUAGAAAGUUCCUGAGAGACCGGGUCAAGGAGGUGCCCUGCAUGCACUACGGCAUCAACUACCCGUACCACGAGUUCCAAACCGGUAGGAACUUGAGGAUGUCACCGGUGUAUCCUAAGCUAAGGGAGGCGGGAGCAGUUUUCGGGCAAGUUAUGGGCUAUGAACGUCCCACGUGGUUCGAUCCUGAGGGUUUACAAGCUUUGAUGAGUAGGAUGCACGAUGAAGAUGAGGACAACGUGGAUUGGUCAAUACCUUACCAAAUAGCUAGCACCAACACUUUCGGCAAACCUCCUUGGUUCGACCACGUUGCCAAGGAAUACGAGGCUUGUAGGGAAGGAGUUGGCAUUAGUGACUAUUCGUCUUUUACCAAAAUAGAUCUAUGGUCUAAAGGCAACGAAGUCGUGGAUGCCCUGCAAUUCAUCUGCUCCAACGACGUGGAUGUACCUGUAGGAAGCAUCAUACACACCGGCAUGCAAAACAAAUACGGCGGCUACGAAAACGAUUGUUCCUUAGCCAGACUGUCAGAAAACCAUUACAUGAUGAUUGCGCCAACCAUCCAACAAACAAGGUGCAAAGUCUGGCUCAAAAAACACUUACCGAAUACGGUCACCUUGUCGGACGUCACCAGCAUGUUCACUGCGUUGUGCAUUAUGGGGCCGUUCACGCGGUUAUUGCUGUCGGAAUUGACGGACACCGAUUUAAAUCCGAAGAACUUUCCCUUUUUUACGUACAAAACUUUGGACAUUGGUCUCGCCAAUGGUAUAAGGACGAUGAAUCUUACGCACACCGGAGAACUGGGAUAUGUAAUGUAUAUUCCUAAUGAGUUUGCCCUCCACGUCUACACAUCCCUGAUCCAAGCUGGAGAAAAGUACAACAUAACCCACGCCGGUUACUACGCAACGAGGGCACUCCGAGUCGAAAAGUUCUACGCCUUCUGGGGCCAAGAUUUGGACACCAGGACGACACCGUUGGAGUGUGGCAGAGUGUGGCGUGUUAAAUUCGACAAAGAAGUGGAUUUCAUCGGAAGGGACGCUUUGAUGAAGCAGAAAGAGGAGGGAAUUAAGAGGAUGUACAUACAACUGAUUCUCGACGAUCAUUGUCACGAGACGGACUUGUGGCCCUGGGGCGGCGAGCCGAUUUAUAGGAACGGCAAGCAUGUUGGAACAUGCACUACCACGGGAUACGGGUAUACCUUUAAGAAACAAGUAUGCUUAGGUUUUGUAGAAAACACCAACGAGGAAGGCGUGAAGCAAAAGGUGACGAACGAAUAUAUCCUUGAUGGCGACUACGAAGUAGAUAUUGCUGGAAUACGCUACCACGCCAAAGCCAACAUACAUUCUCCAAUACUUCCGACGAAAUAUCCGGAUCAAGAACGGGACGUUUAUCAAGCUACAAGAGGAAAGAACGACGAAAAACUAGAAGCUCAACAAAUUGUUAAAUCUGUCUAAGCUAGUCUAGUUAAUUUUUAUUUAUUUGUUGUUUUAUUUUGAAAUACAAACUUGUGAUGUUAAUUUGGUUAGAUGUGUAUAAUUCUUUGUAAAUAUUAUAAAUAAAUUUAUUAUAUAUGUA